GACACGGGAGUUUUGGUGAUCACUGUGGCCAUUGGCAAGGACAUUUUAAAUAAUGAGUUGGACGCCAUUGCUACCCUGCCAGAAGACGUUUUCCAUGUUGAUCACUUUGAUUCUUUGGAAUCCAUAGAAAAAGAGUUCGCCAAACAGGCUUGCAACAGAGAGUGUGAAGCUCAAGCCGACAUCUUGCUCAUCCUCGACUCCUCCGCCAGUGUAGGCACCCCUAACUAUGCCAAGAUGCUGCAUUUUCUGGUCAAUCUGACCAGAUACUUCGACCUGGGUCCGAAGGCAGUGCAGUUCAGCAUCAUCAUAUUUGGAGAUGACGCUCAUCUGGAGAUAGAUUUUGGCAGAUACAGCAAUCACCUGUCCCUGGAGCAGGGCAUACUGGGCGUUCGUUACUUGAGUCAGAAUACGUUCACAAACAAAGCCCUGAUGUUGGCCAGACUGCAAGCGUUCACUGCCGUCCAUGGAGCCAGAGGAAACGCUUCUAAGAUUGCCAUUGUCUUCACUGACGGUCAGUCCUCCAUUUCUUUGAUGACUCUCUCUCCAAAAGCUUGUAGCAAACACGUAGAUGUCAUUUUCCUUCUGGACUCGUCUGGGAGUGUUAGCAUUGACGAUUAUAGAGAAGAGCUCAUAUUUGCUGCAAACUUCACCAACAACUUCCAGCUCGGAAAGAAUGGCGCCCUGUUUGGUGCCGUUAUCUUCAGUGACGACGCCACAAAGUUGUUUGAUUUAAACGACUUCAGUGACCACGUCUCCAUUUUACGGUCUUUACUUGCAGCCCCUCAUCUGAAAGGAGGCACUAACACCGCCAGAGCUCUAGAGAAGAUUUCCAGAGAAGGACUAUUUGACGCUGCGGAUUCCGGCCGGCUGAAUGCCACGAAAAUGUUGUUUAUUUUGACAGACGGCCAGUCCUCCAAUAUCACCCAUACCAUUGCUGCAGCCCAACAGCUGAAGAACGCGGGUGUUCACAUCCUGACCAUUGGCGUGGGAGAUGUUGUCAAUGUCGAAGAACUGAGCGGUAUGGCUACAACACCAGACGACUUCUUCCAGGCCGACAGCUAUGAGGUUCUCCACAAGCUUCAGGACGAGGUCACCAACCACACAUGUGGCUCUCUUCGUGCCUGCAGCGAGAUGGCAGACAUCAUAUUUGUAUUCGAUUCCUCAAGCGCCGUCACGGUGGAAGAUUACCAAAAGCAGCUUCUGUUUGCCAGUAACGUCACCCAAGAUUUCGACCUUGGACCCAUCGAUGCUCAGUUUGCCGCCAUUGCCUACAGUAACGAUGUGUUUAAAGUGUUUGAUUUGGACCAGUUCUCUGAUUACCUCAACCUAUUUAACGGAUUACUAGCUUCCCCACAUCUGACUGGAUCGACCGACACUGGCUUGGCACUGAACUGGAUUACUGAUGCAGGGAUGUUUGGACCUGCCUACGGAGGCCGCCAUAAUGCAUCCAAAAUUAUCAUACUUUUUAUAAAUAAUCCAUCCAGCGAUGCCACAGAAG